AUGGUGAAGAACGAGAAGAAGCCUGUGCAAAUGAUGUUUAAGAAAUCUACUUUUCAAAUGACCUACAUAGGAGAAAUCUUCACCAAUAUCUUAGUGCUUCCCUAUGUCAACAAGGAGCUGAACAUGAUCAUCAUGCUUCCGAAUGAAAACACCGCCUUGAGCACGGUGGAAAAAGAGCUGACGUAUGAGAAAUUUAUGGAGUGGACAAGGCCAGACAUGUUGGAUGAGGUGGAGGUAGAAGUCUCCCUUCCUCGAUUCAAGCUGGAAGAGACUUACAAAAUGGAGGACGUACUUUACAGUCUGGGCAUGACCGAUGCCUUUGACCAAGGCAGGGCAGACUUCUCUGGAAUGUCAUCCACGGGAAACCUGUAUCUAUCCAACGUUGUGCACAAGGCCUUCGUGGAGGUCAAUGAGGAAGGCACAGAGGCAGCGGCAGCCACGGCUGCCAUCAUGAUGCUUCGUUGCGCAAGAAUCACCCCCCAGUUCUGUGCCGACCACCCCUUCCUCUUCUUCAUUCAGCAUGCCAAGACAAAGCAUAUUCUCUUCUGUGGCCGCGUCACCUCUCCCUAA